AUGACAGAUGGGCCGUUUGUUGACGAUCCGGGGACUCCAUUCCAGGGCAUUGAGAGAGAGCGCAUCCAAGCUUGCACGGGACUCGCGGCUGCAUUUUUAGACCUCGAAGGCCAUUUCCACAUGCGCAGCACUCGAGCAUCGGAACUCGGGGAGGAACAACUUCGUCUGUUUACGCGUUUCCAGCGACAGGAGCUCCGCUCGCGCGCUCGGAGGCCAGAGCGGAAAGGGGCGUCGUCUGCUUCGUCGUAUUCCAAAGGUGUUGAAGAUUCGGGGAAAUGGCGCGGCAACGUUUCUGGUUGCCCACGAACUGGCGGCCGAAAGAGCUCUCCUGGAAGCGAGACGCGAACUCACCAAGAGGACGAAUCGGACGGAGGGGAUUUUCAUGAUGCGACUGAAGCCUACGAGACCCCGCGAGAGGCCUCGGCCAGAUCUCCGGUCGGACAGGCUGCGUCUUCGCCACACUCUCAGGCAAGACCAUUUCGAGACGUAACUGAUUCGUCCGACGACGAAGAGAGAAGCUGCAUCUCACUGCCGGCUGAGACGGAAGAGGCGAGUGCGGCUACGCAGUCGCGGAGCAGGAAACACAGCGAAAGCCAGGACAGCCAAGGGGCGACGCACGAACUUCGAGUGCGCCGCUCGAGCAGCGAUCAGGCCCGAAUCGUCCGGCAGUGCUCCUUCACAACUGCGGUCGACGCCUCGCCCUCGAGUGCACUGAAGGAUGGCUCUGCCGGCGGGAGAUUCGCGAGACGAUCCCCGAGCGGAUCGGCACAGGUGGGCGGCCCCCCGACGGCGGGGAUGGAGCCCUGUAGUCGGCGCGCCUCUGAGAGGCAACGCGACUCGACCCGCUCUGGAGUCCAGGAACCGAGCCACACUCUUGAAACCCCUAGAGGGGAGUUUUUGUCGGCGUUUGACACCGCCCGCUUGCGGUUCCGGCAGCAGAGCUUUCCCGACUCUCUCGCAGCGACAACGAAACAAGGCAACGAAGCCGCGCAACCUGGGACGCUUCCUCGACAGGAAACGCAGCUGGAAGACAGCAGUCUCCCCGCAGUCCCCGACCGAGUGGCAAACACAGAAGCCGCCGCUGCGGCUUCUGGGGACUCCGCGAGUGUGGCGGGAGGAAGGGAGGACGCGAGUGGAAUUCCAGAUGGAGAGCUUCGUCACUGCGAUUACGCGGAACCGCUAUCUGCAUCGUCGUGUGCAACUUCUGCGGCCUGCGCAUCGGUCGCGCCGUCUGGCGAGAUGUCGAGGGCUUUCUCUCUUGGCACUUUGGCAGGCAGUGCGCGCACCUUCCGCAGCGCUGCGUUGCGUGGAAGUUAUCCGUCCAAGCGAGGUGGGAGUCCGUGGAUGACCCGAUCGAUAACUGCCUUCAAGCGACUUGGAGGGGGGCGGCAGUGCUCGGGAGAAUCGACGGCUAGCGACCGCGCAGCGCUUUGGGCGAUCGCGAUCUCACCCGCAGGCGACUGGCUAGCCGCUGCCGGUCAGACGGGGGUGAUUUCUCUCUGGGCCGUGCCUCCGCCCUCCCGCGUCUCCGCCGCGUCUUCGCGGGCUUCACAGGUGCCUGAUCGAGGCGGCGAGAGGCGCGGCAGGACGGAACCGGCGUGGCCGGGUUCGCUGUGUGAAGCCGGCGGCCAGCGACCUGCGAUGCAGCGUGACGGCGAGUCGCGACGGGGCCCGACCGGCGAAGCAGCCCAGACGGAAAUGGCUAGCCACGGCGCAGGUUUCGCUCCCGAGAAGGCAGACGCAGACAACGAACGCGAUGGAGGAACGCCAGGGGAGGGACAGGACGCAGGCAAGCGCUCCCCGCACGUCUCUCCGGACACAGCUGUCCCUUUGCUCGAACAAGAAACGGGAAGGAACGAAGCCUCGGAGGCGGUGUUGCGGGACGCGUCGCUUCCACCCGGAGUUUCUGCGUCGACUGCCUCUUCGGAUCGUUCUCCCUCCUCCUGUCCCUCUUCGUCUCUUUCCCGGCCUCGCCACCAGGAAGACGGAGACCGGCGGGCCGUGUCGGCGCCGGAACGCGCGGGGGAAUGCUCACCAGCCCCCGGCGCUGGGUGUCCCUUUGAACGUUCUCAGCUGUCUCCGCAGACGCUGUUUGCCACAGGGGGAGGGAAUUCAAACGGCUUGCGGACCGAAAGACGGACGCGGAGUGACGGAGAUUCCCAGACGCGUCGCGGACCUGCGCAUCCUUCGCGCCGUGUCCCGACACCCGACGGCGUCGGGGGACAGCUGGUCGCCGGCGUCGAAGAAGAAAGCCCAGCUGAGGACUGGGGUGCGCAGUCGGACGAGGUGCGGGCGUCGUCGCGUUCUUGCCGAGAAGACAGCGAGGCGGGAAGAGAACAACGAGAGGAGGCAAACCCCGCGCACUCCGCCCCGUGGUUUGUUUCAGAUCGGCCGAACCUCUGUCUUACGGGGCACUCUGCGGCAAUCAUUCAGUUGGUUUGGGCACCCACCGCAAAGGUCGCGCUCCUCCUCAGCUCCUCUCUGGACAAGACGGUGCGGCUGUGGCGACCGGCCAAGCAGCCUGAGGCCGUUGCGGUUCUGCGAUGUCGAGACUGGCCAACGAGCGUCGCCUUCCACCCUGCUUUCAAGAACGUGGUGUUCACGGGGUGUCUAGACGCCACCGUGCAAGUCUGGCGUCUCUUUCCGGUCCCGCCGUCCAGUCGCUCCCGUCCCCCUCGAGACGAGCGAGGGCGAAGAGAGCACGGAGACGAACGCAGGCGGCCAGAGAGAGGAAAACUGCUCUGGGAAGCUCGCGUCGUCGAGUACCUGAAAGUCACCGAACUCGUCACGGCUAUCUCCAUCUCUCCCAACGGGUCCGUUCUCGCCGUUGGCUUCCGCAAUGGGACGAUUGCCUUCUACGACGCUCAGGACGAGGCGUCUCCGGCUCGCCUUGCUGGCGAAACGCCGCUCUCGUCUGCCGAGCGUCUUUACGAUUCUCUCAUCACAGAGAAGCGUCCUCUGGCGAGCGUUUGUGUGAUUUGCCUCUGCAAGCAGACGCUGAAGUUCCGCAACGAGCUGGACUGCAAAAACCGGAAAGGGAAAUUUUCCAAGGGGCGAAAAGUGACCAGCCUCGAGUGGCACACCAGCGGCCUCGCUCUCUGCGUCACGACAAACGAUUCCCGCGUUCGCAUUUUCAGAGCCACGGACCUGUUUUGCGCGGCCAAGUUCAAAGGCCACAUGAACGAGCAAAUCAUGUUGCGGGCAAACUACACAAACGAAGGGACAGGCCUCGUCUGCGGUUCCGAGAACGGCUGGCUGUGCUACUGGAACGUGGAAGAUCCCCGCACGUCGAUUCUCGACAGCAUCGAGCAACGGCUUCGCAAAAAUGUUCUCAGCAGCAAGUUGCCUCUCCCCGCGACGAAGCGGAGACCGACGAACGCGAACUUUGUGGGCAUCAAGGCCUUCGCGGAGCUUUUGACGUGCAGCCUCGUGGCGCCUGCGUCCUUUGCGACGUCUCUGGUGUCGCGCAUCGCCGUGCAUCCCCUGGGGUCUACCGCGGCGAAGCAACCGGCGAGUCACCACCGCACGCUGCAGAACCUGACUUUCCGGUUCGACGCGGGCGUCCGUUCGCGUCUGCGCGGCUUCAAAAGUGGGACUAGAGGCCAGCAGUCUGAGGCGCGAGGCAGUCUGGACCGCCGCCCGCUUGCACCGUUGGGCGAAAACGCAGCCCCAGGCAGUGACCUGUACUCGGCGGCCGGGAGUCUGCCUUCCCAGGAGUUUUCCCUUCCUCGCGAGUCGCGCUGUUUCCAGUCGUCGCCGUUUGUGAGUGACGCGUCAGGGCCGGUGGGGGACGAGUCGAAGCAAGUAGCCCUAGAUAAGCAAGGCUCGGGGCCUCGAACCAUGUUCAAAGCGUUAUGUCUCCCAACACCCAGACGGGUGUCGCCUCCUGGGGGCACGCCCCCAGGCUCGCAGAUGCAUACCCUCGCCGCCGAUUCGUCUGCGUCAUCGAGUGAACUGUGCAACGACGAGCGGGGCGGGAGCGUGCUCUCCCCUGGGCGACUCAGACCUUCACAGCAAAGCAGCGGUCUAUCUGUUUCUCCGAAUCUCCGAGGCACCGGGGACAGUCAGGGGAGCGCCGCGAUUCGAGACGGCUCCGGCCGUCUGCUGUGUGGCGCCUCCGACACCGCCACGUCGCCUGCCGUCUCCAGUACCCCGCCGCGUUUGAGUCAACUCUCAUCGAAAGACCUCCGACUCAAGUCAGAUUCGUCCCCGUCGAGCGUUGUCUCCGCGCCGGUCUGGGCCGUUGACGAUGCAGGCGGUGCGAGCACUGUGGACGACCGCCGCGCAAAGAAUGCGGAGGAGAGUGAACGGUACUUCCGCGUGGAAGACGAGCUCCACGUUUCUCUGCCCCCCGCUGUCUACGAAGCGGAAUGUCGGCAACGCAGCUCAAGCGGGUCACGUCCCCUGGUGCUGGUGGCGGGGAGUCACCACGGCAAGCUGCGGAUCUUUGUGAAUUUUGGGGCGGAGCUCCGACAUCUCUGA